UGUCUCAAGCAACACUGAAGAAGAGUCGAAUAGAUAAGAGUAGGAGACACAGACACAACAAAGCUUGCAAACACGACAACAAUGGCUUCAGCAUUUCCUUCACUCUCUUCCACCUCUUCUUCAUUCCUGCACCACUGUUUCACCGCAAACCCGAAGCUCCUUACUCAAUUCCCCAUCAAUGGUUCGAGCCUUUCGGUUUUUGCUCAAAAGAAGACCAAGAAAACUCGAAAGAUUAUCUUGAAGGAAGAUGUGGUUGAUGUGGGAAAGAAAGGGGAGCUUCUUGAUGUUAGGGCUGGGUUUUACAGAAAUUUCCUGCUUCCCAAUGGUCAUGCACUGCUUUGCACUCCUCAAUUGCUCAAGGAAAUGAAGGUAGAAGACGAAAGAAUUGAGGCUGAGAAAAGACGGGUAAAAGAAGAGGCACAGCAACUCGCUCUAAUUUUUGAAACUGUUGGAGCUUUCAAGGUGAGGCGUAAAGGUGGGAAAGGAAAGCAAAUUUUUGGAAGUGUUACGGCUCAAGAUCUUGUUGACAUAAUCAAGGCACAACUUCAAAGGGACGUGGACAAGAGAAUUGUUGAUCUUCCAGAGAUCCGGGAAACAGGAGAAUAUAUUGCAGAAAUAAAGCUUCACCCAGAAGUUACAGCUAAAGUGAGGGUGACUGUUUAUGGUAACUAAGCACUAGUAUGUUUUGAAGCUAGCAAAACCAUUUGCUGGAGCUAGCAAUGCGCAUCAGUUCAAGGUGCAUAACCAUCUUAGGAUGAUAAAUCUUCAGAUUUCAACCUUCCUGUAGUUCUAGUCUUGUAAUUAUGCCCCGAAGCUCGGGUGAGGAAGGACUCUUAAUGGUCACAUGUUUUUAAUGUGGGAAAUGUUGGUUAUUUAAACAUUUCUUUGUUCAUUUUUCCUCUCCUUGAAUCUACAUUCAAUUUUCAGGACAAUGUAAUGUUCUACUUUGUGAUCCUAAAACCUAUUGUUUGGAACUUU